AUUAGAAAACAAAAUGGCGGAAGAAACUCCCGAAAAAGAAGGAAUCAAAUUACUCGAAAAGUGCCCUAAGGAACAAGCUGYAAAGUUUGUUCAUGAGAUUCUUGACAGCAUCUGUGAUGGUAGACAACCCAGAUACAUGAACUAUGGCAAAGUAUGGACAACUACAGAAUGGCAAACUGUAACAGGGGCAGUUAGUGACUUACUAAAAUGCUUUAUACGWAAAGGGAUGACUAGAAAAGAGAUAAGUCAAGAGCUUGACAAAUAUUCUUUAAAUCCAGACACAAAGCAAAUGUUAUGUAGUUGUCUUAUACCACGACAAGAAGAUGUAAYAGCAGCUCUUGUUGAUAGUACAGCUGGAAUAACAAAUGCAUAUCUAAAGGACUUUGACUGGAAAGUGAAGAUGGUUCUUGCUAGUGACAAGAUUGCCACUAUCAGAAAACCAGUGAUAAGUAUUGACUUUGACAUUGCUCAUGGGAGAUCUGUUACAAAACCAAUCACAGUAGAAAUGUCAAAAGAAGAGUUGAAGAAUUUAAUAACCUCCUUAGAGGCAGCUAAUAAGAUGGUGAUUCAACUAAAAGGAUAAUUCAAUCUGUUGAUUUUAGAGAAUGUCCGCUGAAUUAUUGUAAUAAUUAUGUAAAUAUAAUCCAAAGAAUAAAGUGAUUUAUUAGAGGAGGUAAUCUGAGAAAUAAAAUAGGAUUUUGAUACUUAACUCAUAACAAGUGCUUUGAAUAAUAAAGAAUAUUUUUACAUACAA